GCAGCUGGGGAGAUUAAACAGGACAGAGAACUGGGCACUGUGGAUACCUCUGCCAAACUUACAGGGAGCUAGUUGAAACUGGAUCGGGACAUCUCUGAAAGGAACAUUUUAUGGAAACAUUUUGGACUUUUGUUCAAUUUUGGCAGAUAGAAUGGAUUAAUACAUUUUUCCAAAGAUAUUUAAGGACAUUAUUUUGUUAAUAAUAAUUAGGUGAUUUGAUUUGGCAGAUUUUCAAAAACGUCAAACAAGAACAUCAUUUGAACUACUGAUUUUGGUUCAUUUUGAAUUGAUUUAUUGAAUAUUUUUGAUCUACAUUCUUACCAUGAGUGUUUUUGGCUACCGUCGGGAGUUGAGCAAGUAUGAAGACAUUGAUGAAGAUGAACUGCUGGCUUCUCUUAGCCCAGAAGAACUGGCAGAAUUGGAGAAAGAACUUGUCGAUAUAGACCCGGAUACCAAUGUCCCCAUAGGCCUAAGACAGAGGGACCAGACAGACAAAACACCCACGGGGACUUUUAGCAGGGAAGCACUCAUGAAAUACUGGGAAAAUGAGACGCGGAGACUGCUGGAGGAUGAGAUAGGAGGAGGAAGCCCAAAACCAGAUGAAGAGUUAAAGGAGACAGAAGAGGACAGUGAAUGUGAAGAUGAAAAAGACAAUGAAAAUGAGAAAGAAGUGAAAAUGCAUGAAAAACAGACAGAAGAUUCAGAUGAAGAAGAAGAAAAGGAGGAGGAGAGUGAGGAAGAGGAGAGCGAGGAAGAGGAGAGUGAAGAAGAGGAGCCAGUGACAGAAGAGGAUGAUGAUGAGGAAGAGAAACCAGACAAUAAAACACAAACAGAACAGUCCAAUACUCAGAUAGUGACAUCAGAAGCACCAGUGUUACUAAAACCACAGAGGGUGGAGCCAAGGAGACUGACUCCGCCCCCUCCUCCACCUGCCGACAACCAAACGACCGGAAAUCCAACUGUAGUGGACGAUGUGCUCCAGAAAGUCCUCAGCAAUGACCCUGAGGUGACAGACGUGAACCUAAACAACAUUGAAGACAUCUCACAGGAAACCCUGAUCCGGUUUGCGGAGGCUCUGAGGUCCAACUCACAUGUGCGGACCUUCAGUCUGGCCAACACUCGAGCUGAUGACCCAGUGGCUUUGGCUGUUGCGAAGAUGCUGAGGGAGAAUUCCUCCAUUGUCAGUCUGAAUAUAGAGUCCAACUAUGUGAGUGGGAGGGGCGUGAUGGCCCUGGUACAGGCCUUACCUGGAAACAACACUCUGACAGAGCUGCGCUUCCACAACCAAAGACACAUCUGUGGAGGACAGGUGGAGAUGGAGAUGGUGAAGGUCUUGAGAGAAAACUACACCCUGAUAAAGUUGGGGUACCAGUUCAACCUACCUGGUCCCAGGAUGAGUAUGACAGGGAUCCUGACCAGAAACCAGGACCGCCAGCGUCAGAAACGCCUCGAAGAGCAGAGGCUGAGGCAGGGCCAGCAAGGGGCGACAGAGGGCCCUGUGAACCCCAGGACUUCUGCACUGAGAGGUACACCUGGUUCAUCACCAUACAGUUCUCCCUGGUCCUCUCCAAAACUUCCCCGAAAUCCACCUAUGAAACAAGCUCCUCCUGCACCUCCUCCUCCCCCUCCUCCUCCUCCUCCUCCUCCUCCACCACCCCCACCUCCUCCAGCCCCUCCGGCACCCUCGCAUAGUCAGAAGGAGAAGAAACAGAAGAAACCGACUCGCAUGAUCGCAGAGGUGAUCAAGGCACACGAGGCGAGCGGUAAGAAGAGCACAAAAGGGAAGGGGAAGAAGAGCAAGAAGGGUAAGCGCAAGGACAGUGAUGGCGACGAGACUGGGAGCAUCCUGAAGGAGCUGAAGAACGCUCUAAGGCCCAUGGUGGACCGCAGAGGGGAGGACAGCAGACCCUCUACGCCCCUCCGCUCUGCCCACGACCAGCUCAUGGAGUCUAUACGGGGCAGCAGCAUCCGGGCUCUUAGGAAGGUGGAGCUCCCUCAUCAUCUCAGAUAAACAGAUCCAUUUGUUCCUUUCAAGCCACAGGAGUCUACAUUGGUGUCUACAGCAGUGACCAAUAGAAAUGGGAAAACUUGUGAAUAAAUUCAUAUUUGUAUUUGCACUUGAGUUGCUAAUGAACUAAUGAAUUUGAAUCUUAAUUGUUUACCAGUCUGUUUUCUAAGUCACAGAUACAUUGUAAAUUUGUACAUAUCACUUCUUGUUUGACAAGUUUGUUUCUAAUAGAAUUAAAUUGUGUUUGCAUUAAAUAUA